AGUUCUAUUUGGCUUCCAUGGCUUCCACUCCUGCUGUUGUUGUGUUGCUCUUUGCUUUGUCUCUUUCAGGGAUUCAAUUCUCCACAUCCCAAGUCCUCAAAGCCAAGGUUUCAUGCCUUGAUUGCACUGCCCAUUAUGACUUCUCAGGCAUUAAGGUUUUAGUGAAGUGUGCUAAUGUCAAGAAAUUAGCUACAACGACAACAAAAAGUAAAGGGUCCUUUGAGGUUGAGCUUCCUUCAGGCAAUUCAAAAGCUGAAACCCCAUUGAAUUGCCUAGCCAAGCUUAUUGGUGGUACAAGUCAGAUCUAUGCUACAAGGAAAAACAUGGUCUCAAGGAUUGUGAAAACCAAAGAUUCAAGCUCAUACACUAUCUCCACUCCUCUUGCAUUCUCCACUGCAUUCCCUGAAGGACAGCUAAAAGGUGGGAUUGGUGAAUCAAAGACAGUUGAUCUGCCUCUUCCAAGGGAGUGGGGCUUGGCACCUUCUAGCUACUAUGUCCCAUUUUUCCCUAUAAUUGGCAUCCCAUGAUUUGGUAUAUGCAGUAAACUUGAAGAUCAAGCUAUUAGUAGUUUUGUGUGGCUUUAAAUUAAUGUGAAAGGGUUUGGUGGUUAAGCUUUUCAAUAUGUUUAUUUUUCAAUUAAGUAAAGUUAUAUGAAGGUUUGAAGCAUUGUAAUACUUAAAAUCACUGAUGAUGCAUAUGUAAUAUAUAUGGUUGCUUAUAGUAAAUAUAAUCUUUUAGCUGUGCUUGCA